GUUCUGCCGGUUUGAUUCGGCUGGUUCAGGUUUCUUCGUCUUCUGCCCUAGCUAGCUACCGCCAAUAGUAACGGAAAAACGGAACCAUGAUCUUCUCUGUCUCUCCCUUGCCCGGUCACUCGCCCCGCCGCCACCCUCCGCCGCCGCUUCUCUCCCCCGCCAUCCUCGGACGUGUCUGAAUUCAGCUCCAAGCUUCUCACGCUUUCCCUUCCCCACCGGCGCGAUUCCGUCUUCCACAGCUCUGCCCCGGCUCUAGUAAGCCGAGCGACGCUUGUCAUCUCCGCAUAUAUCAUUGAGGGUUCUAUGGCCAAGCGUUUUGGAAACAAACGCGGGCUAAAGAGAACGAAGAAAUUCGAAAAUGAGAGGAGUGGUGGGUCUCGGAGAAAGAAGAAUCGUGCCGAAGAAGAGGUCGCCUGGAGCUCACCGGAUGUUCAGGAAGCAGAUCAUGCACCAGCUGAACGAUUGAAAAGUUUGAGCUCCGAAGAUGUGGCAGUUUAUAAAGAACCGUCUAUGUAUGAUAGUCUACUUGUGUCGCUGAAGUCGAGCAACAAAUCCUUUUCCGAUGCUCACGAGAGGAGGCAGAGGCAAGAAGAAGGUAGAAGUGACUCUGAAGAGGAUGAUAUUGGGGGUCUUGAAUCUGAUGCUGAAAGUCAAUCUGAGGAGGACGGCUCCGAUGAAGGAAGCGAUGAGGAGUCUCCGGGAGAGCAUGCUAGCGAAAGUGAGUUGCUAGACUCUAAUGUGCUUGGUGGUGAAGAUGAGGAUGUAGAUACUGAAACGGGAACUGAUAACGAGGGAUUGGAUUCUGAUGAAGAGGACAGAUUGGAGGGGCCUUCUGAUGCUAAUGCUACAGCAACAGAUUACAUGAGAUCAUUGAAUGCACAUUUGGGGCAUAAUUUAUCAAAAGAAGAGGUUGAUGAUCUGUCAAAGAAGAGAUGGAAAUAUAAAUGGGACAUGCCUGCUAUUGAUAUGUCAAACUGCAAGUGGACAGGAACUGGAGAGUGUUUUUUGAAGGAUGACAGCACAAGUUCUGCAUAUGGUCUGAAGCCAAGUUUGUACAAGCACUGGUUAAAUAUUUACAAAACAUCUGGUGGAAGUGAUUUUCAUAUGUCCAAGGAAAGGUUAUUCUUCUCCCUGUGCGAGAGUUACCGCGAUAUAUUGCACUGCAAUAAGAAGCCUUUCUACCACAAGGGCCACAGAGAAGACUCAAGUAUUAUGGACGCUUACAUUAUGCAUUCAUUGAAUCACAUAUUUAGAACUAGAGACCUGGUGACAAAAAACAAUGCAAAAGCAAAGCUUGAAGAAGCUGGGAAUGAGGAACUACUAUUUGGUGACUGCUUCCGCGAUCAUGGCUUCACGCGUCCCAAGGUUUUGAUCCUAUUGCCUCUUCGAAGCAUUGCACUUCGAGUUGUUAAGAGGUUAAUACAACUGACACCCUCUAAUCGGAAGGUCAACGUGGAGCAUAUGGACCGGUUCACUGAUGAUUUUGGUGGUGGAGAGGCUGAAGACAAUGAUGAUGGUGCAUUGACAGAAAAUGUUCCUGCCUUGACUCAGAAGUCUUCAAAGCCUUCCGACUACCAUGCUCUUUUUGAUGGAAAUAAUGAUGAUCAUUUUAUGAUUGGCAUCAAGUUUACAAGGAGGAGUAUAAGGCUGUAUAGUGAUUUCUACACAUCAGACAUGAUUGUGGCUUCACCUCUUGGUCUGACUACCAAAAUUGGGGAGGCUGAUAGCGAGAAGGAGAAAGAUGUGGACUACCUGUCCUCGAUAGAGGUUCUAAUUGUUGAUCAUGCAGAUGUCAUUGCGAUGCAGAAUUGGUCCCUUGUGGAUGAAGUUGUUCAAAGGUUGAAUCAAUUGCCAUCAAAGCAGCAUGGAACUGAUAUUAUGCGGAUAAGGCAUUGGUACUUGGAUGAAUAUGCACGCUUUUACCGGCAGUCAAUAAUCUUGGGUUACUAUUUAAAUCCAGAUAUAAAUGCUUUGUUCAAUCACCAAUUUAUCAACUACAAAGGAAAGGUGAAACUGGUUUGUGAUUACAAAGGCGUUCUGCCAAAAGUUGUACUGCAAGUGAAGCAGAUUUACCAGAGGUUUGAUGCCAAGUCGAUUGAAGAAGCUAAUGAUGCUCGCUUUGAAUAUUUUACCCAAAAAGUGUUCCCAAAAAUUAAGGACUCGGUACAGGGGGGGAUUAUGCUGUUCGCCAGUUCUUACUUUGAAUAUGUUAGAAUUCGUAACUUUCUGAAGUCACAGAACGCGUCUUUCUGCCUACUUGGGGAUUACACGAAGCAGAGCGACAUUUCUCGAUCACGUGUGUGGUUCUUUGAGGGAAGGCGUAAAAUAAUGCUUUACACCGAGAGAGCACAUUUCUACCACAGAUAUAAGAUCCGUGGAAUUCAAAAUUUAAUCAUCUAUUCCCUUCCUGAGAGAAAGGAGUUUUACCCUGAGAUUGUGAACAUGCUUAAUGGGUCCGAUAUCAUGACAUGCACUGUGCUGUUUUCCAAGUUCGAUCAAUUACGGCUGGAGAGAAUUGUUGGUUCCUUGGCCUCGAAGAGGAUGGUGACAUCGGAGAAGGGCGUGUUUGUUUUCUCUUAAACGAGAGAACUCAACCGGUAACCCCCCUCAUCGGUAAGAUUCAGGCGCAGAAACACAGGAUGAAACCAACCAUUUUAAUAUGGAGAUGGCAAGAAGACACUCAAGAACUUUUGGUCAUAAAUUAUCGAGAUCCCAGAGUUGCACCCUCAAGUAUCACAUCGCCUGUAAGAUGAUAGCAGGAGGAUUGAUUUUGUUAGGCUUCGCGUUAGGGCCUUUUACGGCCUUCCAGUUUUGCUAGGAGAGCUCGUUCCGAUGUAAUUCACGGGAAUAUGAGAUUGUUAUGCAUACUAUUGUUGCAUGAGAAUUUUUAAAAGUCGUUUUUUGGCGAUCCC